AUUAGGUAACUUUAAAACUAGACGCUUAGCUGGAUUCAAUAAACUAGAUAUAUACUAGCUUGCAGUCAGGAAAGUGCUUGCAACCCUAUAAUUUAAGACAUUAAAAUUAAUCAUUUAGCCAGACUAGACUGUCGGCUCAGCUACACUGAAUAAAUCAUGUUCAUAAAAUGUGAAACCCUGAAGGGGAUUACUUUUUGCAUGCAUUAUAACCCAACAGCUGUCGUUACAAGGAACUAUUUUCAUGUAAAUGUCUUUUACGAUAAGUGGUGUUUUUUGCACAAAGUGUUACAAUAUAAAAGAUUCCUGUCCACUAGGCGACAGUGUGUCGGCAUCGGUUAAAGUAACGGUACAGUUUCAGAACGAAAUGUGUGGUUUGCUGAUGACUACAGAGCAGUGUAUGGCAGGGUACAGUACAGCAGUAAGUAACCGGUCAAUGACAUAUCCGAGCGCUCAUACAUAAUCAUACACAUAAGGCCACGGCAGGGCCACCAAUUCACCGGGCAAACAGACGACAUCAUCAUGCACCUGACGGGAGGGUUGUUUAUAAAUGUGACCUAGUAUUUCUUUCAUCUAUUGUAGUGGGUAUCUUUUAAAGUUAGUUGAAGAGAAGCCACCUUAUUGCACUAAAGAAAAAAGCAAUGACGCUUGUAUGCUUUUCAGUUCUUUAAUGACGCGCAUCAUUCCAGGGGCACGUCGUGCAACUGUCCGGCCGCUGCGUCAGUGAAGCGUAGUAUACAUGAGGAUAAAUAAUCGAAUCUUUAUCUUCCCGCACACCGUAUCACUUUCCAGUUUAGUUUCAUCGUAGCUGUACCAGGCCAUAGUAAAAGGCAGCAGGAUGUGUCGGUAUUUAAAAUAGCGCUGCGUGUUUGUAAACCUACGAACAGCACUGACCCGCAGUCAAUGAUGAGUCUGAGGUUUUGUUUGGCCAACUAGCAAUGUCGGACUGCACUUUCUAAGCGACGACUUGUCACUUACAAUCGAUGUAAUGCUGCAGACAAGCGACAGCACUAUUAAGGAAGAGCAGGAAAGCCGCAGUUAGACGGAAGAAGUGAGAAAACCUCGCUCGUUCACCGACUGCGCCCCGAAGAGUGCGGAGGAACCUCGACCCGGAUGUAGUUGCCGCGCUCCGUGAACUGGAGCGCGAGGCCCUGCGCCUGGAGCGCUCUAUAGUUGGUCACCGUGCAGCGCUGCGGAGCCGCUAUGCGGGAAGCGCUCGCUCCACGUUGGUUACUACUGCUGUAAACGUGUUUAGAGAAACGCGCUAGUUAAAGCUGAGGCGAUUCGUCGCGUUGUGGGAUGAGGAGUGGAAGGAAGGGAUUGAAGAGCAGCGCGAAACACAGGAUUCUGGGAUGUUUACUUUUGUGUGUGGGAUAUUGUCGAAACGUUACACCCCAUUCUAGAUUGAAAUUACAUUUUUAAGAACUCAAAGCCUGCCCAUCAGCCAUCAACGCUGGACACUCGCUCUCUGACAGUCUCACACGCAGACCGUUCCUGUCAUGGGACACCUCUGCCCUCAGCAUUGAGAUGCUCUUUGAAAACCAGAGGAAUGAUACCACUUUGUCAUGCUGGAAUUUUGACUGAACACACCAGUAAGGGGUGUAGCAACUCCAUAGCCAUGAGAUUGUGAAGCAUGAAUGGAAUCCUUAAGCUGGGGCCGUAACCAUGAACAUUGAUGGCUGGAUCCAGGCAUUUGGUGGUCUUCUGAAAAAGCCAUGGGUAGCAGCUGCAGCUGUUCAGAUAAAGAUUCAGUCCCAGAUGACCAUCAAAGUAAAUUUAAGGUGAUCAAUGUGGAUGACGAUGGGAAUGAGCUGGGCUCAGGUGUGAUGGAACUGACACAGGAGGAGCUGGUUCUUCACACACGCAAGCAUCACACUGUCAGGUGGCCCUACUUGUGUCUGCGUCGAUACGGCUAUGACUCCAACCUCUUCUCCUUUGAGAGUGGCCGGUGCUGCCAGACAGGCCAAGGAAUUUUUGCUUUCAAGUGCACAAGAGCAGAGGAAAUCUUCAACCUGCUGCAGGAUGUUAUGCACAGUAACAGCAUCAAUGUGGUGGAGGAGCCUGUGCAGGAGGCAGAGCCGCCACACCUCCCUCCCAUUUCAGGCUACACUACAGCAGUAUCUAAUGGAACCCCGCUCGCCUCAGUUGGAGACGGCUCUUUGCAGCAGUCUACCCUACACCCGUCUAUGGAUGGAACUCAUCUGCCCUUACUAGGGGAAGACUCCUCCAACACUAUGUUUACAAAUGAGGUACACACAUAUGUUAACACCACAGGUGUACAGGACAAGUUCCACACUCACCCUCCCGUGGAGGUUCUUUCCUCUGAGCCGGAGGACGUGGCCCUUUUGAACGAGACUGAAGCUCAGGUGCUGCUGGAGCCCAAGGGGGUGAAGUUUGUGCUGGGGCCCACCCCAGUCCAGAGGCAGCUGAUGGCCAAGGUGCGAGAGCAGGAGAUGGUAAAAGUGCAGCAAGGGCGCAGUCGUGUAUGUAGAGAAGAGACUGUACCACCUCCUGGCAGCCCCGCCGAGUUGGACACAGGCUACGACAGCGAUGAACGCAAGGACACUCCACAAGGGUGCAAGUUGGCCCACGAGCACCACGGUAGCAUUGGCCCCCCACCAGCCACUUCCCCUGACAUAUGUAUCCCUGCCCAGCACAGAAACAGUGGGCUACCAGGCCAUACGGCACACGUUUCCAGUAACUCUGGCCAGCGCAAACCUGACAAUCUGAACUUCAGCAGCUAUGGCCAGCGAAGAACUGCCCAGGUCCCUGCGUUGCCCCCCCUCUGGGAGGCUCCAAAGCCCAGCUCAGAGGAACAAGAGGAGGGGAGUGAGGAGUUUGUAGCAAAGACGCCCCUCUUCAACGGGAACCCCCAGCACCACAGCACAGAGCACUCACACAACUAUGUGAACACAGAGAACGUGACGGCGCCGCCGAGCGCCCGCAAGCUGGACGUAGCCCGGCACUGCUCUGCCCCCGCAGUCUUCAGAUUUGACUUGCGGCAGCCAGGCCCGGACACCGUUCAACAGCUCCACUACAUUGAGGUAGAGAUGGAGCGGGGCUCAGGUUCUAGCAGCCCAAACACACCCUGCACCCCCACCACCCCUUUCCUGCAGACCUCGACCCGACGUAUGGAGCUGUACGCCAUCAUCGAUAUUGAGCGCACUGCUGCGAUGUCAAGCCUGCAGAAGGCAAUGCCAUGGGAUGAUGGGAUGUCCAGAAAGACACGCCACAAUAGUAUCGAUGUUCCCACGUGACCUGACUUGACCUCAUGGUGCACAAAGCACUGUGGUUGCACGUAUCACUCCUGGCAAACGCAACAUGAGCUUUGUUAGCUGACCAUGCAGUGUUAUUACCUGAGGGUAGAAGGUCCGCUAGCAUGCAGCACACUUGCUCUGGUGGCCAUCUGGUACCUGUCCUCUAUAACAGUACAUUAUGGUGGUGAGAAGGUCACAAAGGUCCUUCUCAGACAUACAAAAUGACUGUCAUUCUUCUUGUCAAGUGCCAUCUAGUGCCUAUGCAGUGUGUGUGUUCAGUCCUCUGCUUGUCUUUGGACUGAAGAGGUUUGUGUCCAUUAGGUAUCAUUCCUUCUACAAAUAAUUUCAAUUUCAGUAUGUUUGUGACCUGUAUGCUGCAGUCCUACCUUUUCCAUGCUAAAGUGGUGAAGUUGUGAAUGUAAAAACUGUUUUUGAGCUCACCUGGUUGUACUUAAAGUACCUUAAUACAGCAGGUAUAUUUUUUUAUGCCUGUUGCACAGCAGGAGAAAAGAUAUACUCUAAGUUAUUCAAAACAAACUUUUUGUCACAUUCAUAAUAAAAAAAAAAAAAGGGAUUUCAUUCUUUACCAGAUAUCAGUUAGUCACCAGAUCAAGGUAUGCUCCAGUUUCUCUAGAAGGACAUUUAAAACAAGGAUGUUUACUCCAUAUGAAACAGGAAGACAUUUUCAUUGCAUGGUAAUGUUUUCUGUUUAUUCAGUGUAUUGUAAAUUUUCACGAGCAUUAUAAGAAGUUUUUCCUACAUACCAUAAAAUGCUUAAAUAUCAGAACUCUUUUAAAAGUAGAUUAACUACUAAAUAUAUUUAAACCAAUAAUUAAAGUUGUGUUGUGUAAA